AUGACGCUCGGGCGGGCUCUAGAAGGGGACUCACAUAGCGGGCUCGGCCCAGGAAGAAAGAAGCAAGGCGGGCCGGCGCUGGACCUGGAUCCGGGCCGGAUGGGAAGCGGUGGCCCACGCGGGCCCACGAGGCCGGGCCGACGGGGACGUCGUCCUCCUCCCGAUCGGGAGCGAGACGUGGCGGCGGCGGCGCACCUUGAGGCUCUGUCGAGCCUCGAGGCCGGCAGGACGGCGGCGGGGAUGAGCGGAUCCGGCGCGGUGGUGCCCACGGGCAGCGGAUCUGGCCGGCGGGCCCCCGAAUCGGGCAAGGCGACGAGGCGGGGCGAGCUCCGGCGGAGGAGAUCACUGGCGGCGGGGCGGAGUGACGCGGCGGCGGGGGACGCGGGAUCGACGGUGCGGGGAGGAGCGGGAGGCGGGGCGCCCUGGCGGCGGGGUUGGUGGCGACGGGCGGCGGACGCGAUGGCGGCGGAGUCUGGCGGAGGGCGCCGGCGACGCUCGCCGGCGGCGGGGCGCGGGGAGGCGCGCGCGGGGCAGCGCCCGCGGGUGUCGGCGGCGGCGGGAUGGACCCCACGGGCCCGAUCCGGGCCCGGCGGGCCUGGCGCGGUGCGGGGAAGCGGCGGGACAGGUGGCGGCCGCGGGUUGGAGGAGAGCGGCGGCGGCGGUGACGUGGCGGCGGGGGAUUGGCCGGGGUGA